AAAAGUUUCGUUAAGUUGGACAUAAAUAAAAGAAAAAUGUAUUUUAUAAAAAGAAUAAGCAGUGCAGCAUUAAUUUCAAGGAACUCAUUGCCAUUAGCAAAUAUAAGAUGUUUAAGCUCACAACCUCAAACAGAAUUGGCAGUUCCACAAAAAGAUAAGCUUUAUUCGCGACUGGAGAUUGAAUUGAAAGGGAUUGAGCCAGAAGUGAUGAAAAGCUAUGCAUGGUAUGCUCAAAGAUCAGCUGAGCACCUUGGAAUUCCAGUUGGGCGUUGUUAUGCUGCAAGAAAGUCUGAUAAAGAUCGAUGGACAGUAUUGAAAAGUGUUCAUGUCCAUUCUAAGCAUCUUGUGUCUUAUGAAGUCCGAACAUAUUAUCGCUUUCUUAAUUUUCACAAUCUUACUCAGUCAACGCUAGAAACGUUUCUGGAAUACAUUCAGCGUAAUUUACCAGAAGGAACAGCUAUGAAAGCAACUAAAGUUGAGAUCCAGAAACUUCCCGAGCAUAUAGAACAGGCAAUACAAGAGGAAAAUAACUGAAUAAAUCAAUAGCUUAUAGUUUAUAUAG